AUGGCUAUUAAUAGUGAUAGGAGUCAGUAUUUUCUGAUCAGAAGCUCCUUGAACUCUUCGGAACGUAUUGAGAUGUUUGAAUUUCUUUUGAAGCGUAUCGAGGUAUUCGCUUGGUGUCCGAGCGAAAUUAUGAGUUUGGAUCUGUCGGUUGCCUCACAUUCCUUGAACGUUGAUCCUACUCGGAAAUCGGUCAUUCAGAAAGUGCAACAUUCGUCACCAUUGCAUGUGGAGGCAGUAGUGAAGGAAGUGGAACAGCUACUUACAGCCGGAGCCAUUCGAGAGGUUCUCUACCCAACCUGGUUGGCCAACACAGUCGUCGUCCCGAGGAAGAAUGGCAAGUUAAGAGUUUGUGUGGACUAUAUGAAUCUAAACGACGCUUGCCCGAUGGAUCGGUUUCCACUGCUUCGGAUCGAACAGAUGGUUGAUGCUACUACCGGUUACGAGCGUCUCAGUUUCCUAGAUGCCUACCGCAGUUAUCACCAGAUUGCGAUGCAUCUGGAUGACCAGGAAAAAACCGCUUUCAUCACACCUCGAGGAGUUUACUGCUAUAAGGUAGUCCCGUUCGGCCUAAAAAACGCGGGGGCUACCUAUCAGAGAACCAUUAUGAUGCUCUUUGGCAAACAAAUCGGUAAGACAAUGGAAGCUUACAUCGAUGAUAUGGUAGUCAAAAGCAGAUUUAGUCAGGAUCACCCGGAUGAUUUGGGACGAACCUUUGAUGUUUUGUUGAAAUACAAGCUCCGCCUGAAUGCCGAGAAAUGUGCAUUCGGCGUAAGUUCUGGGAAGCUCCUCGGAUUCAUCGUCAGUCGCCACGGCAUCGAAGCGGAUCCGAAACAACUUGCCGUUGUACAGAACCUUCGUGCGCCGACAACAAUCAAAGAACUCCAGCGGCUUACCGGAAUGCUCACCGCCUUACACCAUUUUAUUCGUCGAUCUGGGGAUAUUUGUCGACCAUUCUUUCAAGCCAUGAAAACCAGUAGGCGUGGUUUUAUUUGGACGGAGGAUUGCGAGCAGUCCCUAAGGAAUUUAAAGGCAUAUCUCUCUCGGGCUCCACUCCUCGUUACUCUUGUCAGCGACGAAGAUCUGUACCUCUAUCUGGCCGUCUCAGAUCACGCGACCAACCCACCGAAUCGUGGUUCUUACCGAGUACCCUUGAAAACUGUUCUUCGGAAAAUAGAUUCCUCUAGCCGAAUUCUGAAGUUCUCUCAAGAUUUGGCCAAUUACGACAUUACGUUCGAACCACGGACCUCGGUGAAAGGUCAAGCUUUAGCUAAUUUCUUCGCCGAGCUAACACCUGGCCUUCAGGACGAAGCCAACCUUCUUUUGCAGGCCGAAGAAAAUCAGCGGCUUGCCGAUACCGAAGUUAGCAAUGAUACUGCCGAACCGAGAUUCGACACCACCCGCACCCGGUUCACCAUAGGUAACAAACGUCCCAAACUGGAGUGGAAAAUAUUUUUCGGUGAUGCUUGGCGUCUGAACGUAGACGGUGCCGCAAAUGUCCAUGGAGCUGGGGCUGGAAUCGUUCUCAUUUUGCCCGUCGAUACUUUAGUCGUCGGCCAUCUUAACGACGAUUAUCAGGCGAAAGACGGCCGCAUGAAUGCCUACGUUAGCUGCGUAUUGGCCCUUUUUCGUCGUUUUGGCCAUGUCAAAGUAGAAUGGAUUCCUCAGGAGCACAAUGCGCAUGUAGAUGCCCUUGCUGGUCUCGCUUCGGUUUAUAAAUCGUCCAGUUCCCGAACCAUAAUUUUUGACGCCGUGGAUUCUCCGAGGGUUGAACCAGCUGGAAACCUGAUGAUAUUGGCCGUAUUGCUUGGCCCUAGCCGGAUGGAUCCCAUCAUAGCCUAUCUGAAGGCCCAAACUCUCCCUCCGAACAAGAAGGAAGCCCAUAAAGUUCGCUGCCAAGCGGCGAAUUAUUAUCUCGGUACGCAUGACGUUUUAUAUCGACGCACAUUUACGGGUCCCGACCUUGGAGUUGUUCAUGAAGACCAAGUACCGAGUGUGUUAGAGGAGCUUCACGCUGGUAGCUGUGGUGCACACUCGGGAGGAUGA